UCUGAGGUCCUUACGUGAGGUUUUGAACAAGAAAGAGAUCCAGGACUUCAUCCUUAACAGUGGGAAAGAAGUACAAGCCGGCACUGAAGCACAGUACAAGUCUUUUCAGGAUGGCACAUACUUUAAAGCCAACAAACUGUUAUCAAGAUAUGACCCAGCCAUAAGUCUCAUGUUAUUUGUAGAUGAUUUUGAAAUCUGCAAUCCACUUGGAACAUCCAGGAAAAAGCACAAAAUUACUGCUCUGUACUGGGUUUUAGCAAAUGUGCCACCUUUGCUCACUCACAUCAAUCUACUUAUCGAUUCUCUGCAAGACAGAUGAUAUAAAACGAUUUGGAUAUAGUGCAGUGUUAGAGCCCCUACUGAAAGAUCUUGUGACCCUAGAAGAAGAAGGAAUUUACAUAUCUUCUUUAAGCAGACAGGUCAAAGGUACUGUGUUUUGUGUCGUUGCAGACAACCUUGGCGCUCAUUCUAUUGGAGGAUUCGUUGAAAGCUUCUCUAGUUCACAUUGCUGUCGGUUCUGUCUUGGAGAAAGGUCACAGUUCAAGUUUGAUGCUGCAAUGUCUCAGCCUGCUAAACUUCGGAUCAUACUUCAAGACCAUGACAUUCGUAGACUGGAGUUACCUUCUGGAAUCCCCGAUACUGUAGACGAACUUCAUUCUCUUGUGCAACAGACAUUUCAGAUUGAGGGUAGUUUCACUUUGCAUUUUAAAGAUGCUGAUUUUGGAGAGUAUUUUUCUCUAAAUUCAGUAUGUGAUGUCAAGGACAAAGACACACUUAAGGUGGUCCAUGUUUUUGAAUCCCCCAUGGUCAUCUUGACUAAUCUGGACAGCUCCUGCCCAAGUGGAACAGAAAGUGCCAUUUAUCCUCAAUCUGACAGUUGCUCAUCUGGAUCCCAAGAUACAGUGAUUCUCUCAUCACCUGAGCAUAUGACACACCGCUCUCAGUGCUGGCCUGUGGAAUUUACAAUACCUCGUUUCGCCUACAACACAGAACUUGUGCUUGCAUCAGGUAAUGAGGCUUUCGAGAAGGAGGGAAUUCUUCUGAGUCCUACCGCAAUUCUUCCUGAUAUGCUUGAGAAGUUGGCCGAAACCAUUUAUCAGUAUGUUGCCUAUCCUACAAGUGUGCAAUUAAACCAUGUUGCAGAAGCAUUGAUUCAAAAACAUCCUUGUCUGAGAGAACCAGGUUCAUUUAACAGAUGUUAUGGAUGGCAGCAGAGACUGAAAUAUAAAAUAGCUAAUUACAGAUGCAAACUUCGAACACUUGGGUGCCCUGAGCUUGUAGUGAACUCUCUGAAAAAGAAGCGAGCACAUGAGAUGGCAGCUGCAAAAAAUGUAAAGAAGCCAAGAAAGGCAGAGGUGAAUUACUUGCCGCCUCACCCACAAGGAGAAACAGAAGAAAGUUUGGAGCAAGUCAGACUGGACCUCUUGAGUGAAGUAAAGAAGAGGACUAACUCUAAUAUCAUCAGUGAGAAAAUGGCAAGGACAUUCUCCAUUCGCAGACAGGAAGUUGUCAACCUAGCCCCACAUGUCGAUGUUUUCAAAGAACGCUGGCCUGCCCUUUUUGAUGUCAUCCAGAUACGUGAAGAGUUCAAGAGAAUAACCACAAUCAACCUUGAGGCAUCUUUCAUGGCGAAGCUUGAUCAGUACUGCCCAAAACUGAUGAACUUGGUGUCAUCAAGAGGAGGGGCUGCAAAAAUGAAGAUUCAGCAAAUAAAGGACACACUUCUUGAGGAUAACACGAUUGAAAGACGCAGAGAAGUUGCAAUCCGUUGCAUGGUGGUUUACCUCGGUGAAAAGGAAGAGGAUCUCUUCAAGGAAUACUUGGAUGCUGAAGCUCUGAACAGACAUCUUGCUGGGGAGGUGAUGAAGAUCAUGGUUAACAAAGCUGCCAGUACAUCUGACCCAGCCAGUGCCACUAUCGUGAUAGAGGGAACAGAAGUCCUGAGGGGACUGGAUCUACCAAGGGCUUGUGCCUUGCUGAUGGGUCUUAUAUAUGCCCUUAAUCUCAGCUACCCAAGACAACUGAGGCAUACCUUUGAAGUUUUUCAAAAGUUACUCCUCGAACUGGAUGGACUGAAAGCUAGUCCAAAAGUAAUGUCUCUUAAACAAAAGCUGCUCUCAUAAAAUAUAAGAAUUGUUGAAGUGUAGAUGUACUGUGAACACAUCUGACUGUUCUGUUCUCAAAAUAAAAAC